UUGUUUGUUAAACUUGAAACGAGGGUUUAACAUUUGUUGCAUCUUUUUCGCACACACGUUCUCACUCUGCAGUUCAACCCAGCAACCAUUCUCAACCGUUCUCUCGCUCAUUCCUCUGGUAUGUGGCCUCAUGCUGGUGUCAGUGAUUUGGUAGUAGUUUUUCCCUGGCCUGGCCAUUGACUCUCGAGUCUUGAGCCAGUCCCUUUUUCCGGUUGUUGAACAUUCCAGAUUUUAAAUCAUUGACUUCUACCAGUCAUAUUUUCUAAAAUAUGGAAAACCCAGAUACAACGUUGACAACUUCAUCCCUGCCUCCACCACCUCCAUUAGCUGCGGACGAGCCAGAGCACAAGAAGCUGAAGAUGUCCACCACAACUUCUGAUGAUGAAGAAUGCCCAACUGCCCCAGGCACCAAGAAACGAUACAAACGACGUAAGGUUGCCAUUUUCUUUGCUUACUGUGGUGUUGGCUAUCAGGGUAUGCAGAAAAACCCUGGUGCAAAGACCAUUGAAGGUGACCUAGAAGAGGCCUUAUAUGUGUCUGGAGCUGUUCCUGAACAUGAUCGUGGAGUUCCUAAACGAUAUGACUGGGCUCGCUCAGCUAGAACUGAUAAAGGUGUUAGUGCUGUUGGUCAGGUAGUCUCCGGUCGUUUCUACAUUGAUCCUCCUGGCCUUGUUGACCGCCUUAAUUCAAACCUUCCCUCUCAGAUAAGGAUCUUUGGUUACAAGCGUGUGACAGGUUCUUUUAAUGCCAAGAAGUUCUGUGACCGGAGGAGGUAUGUAUAUCUCAUUCCUGUGUUUGCUCUUGAUCCAAGUUGUCACCGUGAUAGAGAGACUGUCAUGGCUAGUUUGGGAUCUACAAACGAGCUUGUUAAAUGUUUGGAGUGUUCUGAGAGAGGCCGAAAGGUGGUAGGAUUAGUUGGUAACCGUAAGCACAAUCUGGAACUUGAAGCUAUCGAUGUUGACACUGGUAUUUCAUCUAACAGAGAUGUUGUGCUUGAUUCUGUAAUUACAGAGGAUGUGGAAGUUUCUCUGAGCAAAGGUGACGAUAAUCAUUUAAAUGGGGAGUCUGGGAUUGAUACUAAGGGUGGAGUUAUAGUUGAUGGCACGAACCCUGAAACUGGUAUUGAGAACGUGAUUCUUGUUCAGGAUGAGGAUAUACCUUUGAACGGUGAAUCUGUUAAUAAUUCAGACAUUAUUGAGGAAGAACAAAUGAAUGGAGAGGAUAAGUCUACUGGUGGAAGCAAGUUCUAUUAUGGUGAGAAGGAGAGGGAGAGAUUUAAUAGGAUUUUAAAUUAUUUUGUUGGGACUCACAAUUUCCAUAACUUCACCACCCGAACAAAAGCGCAGGACCCUGCUGCUCGUCGUUACAUUAUUUCAUUCAAUGCUAACACUACUGUUGUAGUUGAGGGCAUUGAGUUUGUAAAGUGUGAGGUCGUGGGACAGAGCUUCAUGCUUCAUCAGAUACGGAAGAUGAUGGGGCUGGCUGUGGCAAUAAUGAGAAAUUGUGCACCAGAAUCACUUAUCAGUAAAGCUUUGCGGCAGGAUGUCAACAUUAACGUGCCUACUGCUCCUGAGGUUGGAUUAUAUCUGGACGAGUGCUUCUUUGCUUCAUAUAACCAGAAGUGGAAAGAUAGCCAUGAAGAGGUGUCAAUGAAAGCAUAUGAGAAAGAAGCUGAGGAGUUCAAAAUGAAGUACAUAUAUUCCCAUAUUUCUUCCACGGAGCAGAAGGAAGGAACUGUUGCUCUUUGGUUGCAUUCUUUAAACCAUAGAAAUUAUCCAGAUCUGCGUGAUGUUAAUGAGGAAGCCAUCACUGAUAACAAGAGUGCAGAUCCUGAAGAAGCCAUCUCCGAUCACAAGACUGCUGAUCCUGAAGAAAUCACCGAUAACAAGAGUGCUGAUCCUGAAGAAACCAUCAUUGAUAACAAGAGUACUGAUCGUGAAGAAGCCAUCUCUGAUAACAAGAGUGCUGAUCCAGAACAAGGCAUCACUGAUAACAAGAGUGCUGCUGAUCCUGAACUAUAGUAGUGACUGAGUGAGCUGUGUUUCCAAUUGUUUAUUGUCAACCUCUUCUUUCUAAUUGAUUUAGGCCUGACUUUUCACUGCAUACAAUUGACUGUUACAUGUCUAUCUCCCCUGCUUCGCAACAUAUACAAUCUACAAAGUAUGUAAUUUGGUUCUGAGUCCAUCACUCGGUAAGACACUAAAAAGAAAUGAAAGGAUAUAUGUUGUAUUUUGUUAUUUUUUUAAGUCUACAUUAUGAUAUUUACUUAUUAA